UGCAGCUGUUUACGCUGAAGUUUGAAUGAUGUGUUGUGUAGAAAUUAAAGAUUCAGGCAAAGUGUCUGAAGAAAAAGUUUUUGAUGACUUACACGUUAAGUACUAUAUGACGUGCAUGAAUGUACAGUCCAUUCUAAUUUUGUGUUGCGUGCAAUUGGCCACCUUGAGGCCGCUUUUUUUUUGAGGUUGCCGUAGGAGUGCAUCAUGAUGCAAACAUAGUUACGGAUGAAUGUCGCAAACAGAUUCUUGAACACAAUGGCCAUGGAUGAGGAAUUGGAAGCAAAUCAUGCAGAAGAAGAAACUUCUGAAGAAAAUGCAUUAGAAGUUAGUUCAGUGAGUUUUUGUAAUGAGUCAUUUGAGUCUCCAAGUAUAAUGCAAACAUGUUUGGCCGAAGAUUGUGAAAGGUACGGACAAGACUGUGACAGUGUAAACAGUGUGGGGCACAGAAGACACCAGACUUCUUCCAUUUUACGAUCAGGUGCUGAGGAGAAUGAAGCAGAAGCCAUGGAAGUGCUGGAAAGCAACCAUUGUUCAAGCAGUGAAGAAUCUGGAGAUAGUGACAGUGAUGAAGAAAAUGAUAGUGCUUUGUCACCUGUGGCAUUGAUUGGUACUCCACUGUCCACAGGCAAAAAAAAUUCUCAUUCAAAAAGAUCUGCCAAUAAGUGCAUUAGGACUUAUAAUCCUCAACAUGAUUUCUUUGCUGACUGCCCCGAAUUAAAUGAAGCUGAUGGGUUUUUACAGUGGGAUGACAUUGAACCUAAAAACUGUGAAAGUCACUGUACACCUGCCUCAACUGUUAGGUCUGCUAAUAAGACUGACAGUGGUGACAGUUUUGUCACACCAAAACGAAUUCCUGUGUCAGCCAAAAGAAGUAAUAGUAGAACAGCAAAGAAACUCUGUAAACGUAACUUAAAAGUGAAUGAAACAGGGGAGGCUAGUGCUGGAAAAAUUACCAAUACUGAAAGUUUGUGUAUGCUCAUGCGAGGCCGUCGUGUUGUAAGAGAUCUGUUGAGAAGAACAGAAAAUAUGAGGCAUAAAAAAUGUUUGAGACAAAAUUAUGGCUCUCCUGUAAGCGGUGGCAAUGUCAUUGUCAGCCCUGGAGUUCCUGGUAUUCAUCCAUUACCACAGACCCCUGCAAAGACAAGGCUUCCUGAAGACAGAAAUGUACUUGCAGCACAACCUACAACUCCCAUCCUUGAUGCUUAUGAUAAGGAUAGUAACUGCAUUGAUGAACUAGAUCCAACGCAACCUGCCUCAAUGCUGAUUUUGCAGGAUGUCAUUGCAUAUGUGGAAGUGCGGUCUGGUGGUGAUAACAGAUCUAUGGGAGUCAAAGAUCAGUUACAGAGGCUUGGUGCAGUAGUUUCAGACACAUUUUCAGAUGAAGUGACUCAUGUUGUAUUUAAAGAUGGAUUGCCUUCAACCUAUAACAGAGCACUGAGAAGACGUAUCCCAGUUGUUUCAGUGUUAUGGAUUGAAGCCUGUAAGAAAGCAGGGCUGAGAGUUUCAGAAAGGAUGUAUCCUGUGAUAGACAAAACUUCACAAGCAGUUGUCAAACCACAGAAAAAAUUUAGAAAGAUGAAAUCAAUCCAGCCAGAUUAUGAUGGCAAAGUUGAAAGAAAGAAGAAGAAGGUCAGGAAGGAUGUAUGCUUGGGUGCAGAAGAAGAUGCAGCAGAUAGAUGCAAUCAAACAGCUGUCACACCAAAAACGAAAUCCACGAAGUUGAAUAGUAUUCCCGAAAGUCCGAAUAUGACUAGUUGUUUUAAGCUUUUCAAGCAAUGUGUACUGACUGAAGUAAGUACAGAUAGUGACUGUAGUCCAGACAAUUUACGUGUGCCUAAGAAGAAAGUUGUCAAGAAGAAAAAUAUACCACCUGUUCCAAAAUGGGCAAGAAAAUCCUUUAGUGGAAAUUCAGUUGCAGAAACAUUAGUAGGAGUUGCAAAAAUCCGAAGGAAAGAUUUCGAAGAAAUAGUAUCUGAGUCGCCACCAUCUGUGAUAGUACAGCAAGGACCACAUGAUUCACCAUUAGCAUUGCGUCUGCUCCAGAAAAUCUCAUCACCUGCUCUUGAUGCCACAAUUCUAGAAGGAGGUUGCUCAGAUAGUGCUAGUAGCAUUUCGAAUGAAACACCUAAAAGACGGACUGAUAGAGGUGUUACCAGGAAAAUUAUAGGUAAAGAGGAAAGACAAGGCAAAUUUUCGGACUGUGCAUGUAGUAAUGUUUGCGAGUGUUCUGACAGGCUAGAGCGGAAUAUCAUUUCAUCAAAACAUAGUAUCAAAUUAUCUGAAACAAUGAGCAGGAAGGAAAGUACCAGUGAUGCACAGGGGCUCAGAAGAAAGAAUGAAGGUAGUUUAAAGAGGAAAAGGAAUACAAAAGUUUGUGUGAGAAACCCUGUUAAAAACCAGGAUACUUCCAGAAAUCUUUGUCAUUCAUUGGAAGAUGCUGAAAAACAGAAUGCAGGUAGCAAUGUCACAAAUAAUGCUGGAGACAUGGAAAAAAAUCCAUGUGUCAGUAUUCCUGGUUCACAAAAAUGUUCUAAUAUAAGGAAAAGUGAGGAAGGUGAAUCUAGUACAUUAAAUAGCCAGGCUCCUAGAAAACAACAGAGCACUUUAGAUCAGUUUUUUAUUUCAAAGGAAGCUCAUCCAGCAAACAAGAAGUUACCUGUCAGUGGUGCUCCUAAUAGCUCAUUAACAGAUAGUCCAAGAUCUUUAACACAGAUGCAAGAAAGUAUAGUUGAAACAGCAGAGGGAGUCAGUUCCAAAAACCUGACUUCAGAAGUGGAAUUUUCAAAUUCCAAGGAUAGAAAUGUAGCAGAUACUGAAAAUCAAAUGUCUCUACCUGUUGCACCUGUAACUGAGUUUGAAACUGAUGAGGAUGAGUUUUCCUCUUCAGAAUCAGAUUUAAUGAUUCCUGAUGUUGAGAAGUGCAUUGCAACUGUGACUCAGGAUUUGGAAAGAGCAGAUAGUGCAUUGGAACAGCACGAACCUGGCGAGCUAAAACUCAAAGAGAGUUCAAAGCCAGAUAAAGAAGCUGUCCCAAAGAGGCCACUCAAAAGAAAAUUGGUACCUACAUUAGAUGCAGAGAGCUCAGAACCGAUUGUACUUAGUGGCAUUACAGAACUUCAGUUCCAACUUAUGCACCAGAGAAAACGGCGUCGGUGUUCGCUGUCAGAUAUUUAUGGAUUUCAUUUAAACAAAUUAUCUCCAAAGUCCUCUUCAGAACCAGACAUGAGAAAUAUUGGCAGUAGCAGUAGAGAUGAGAGACGUGUGUCCGAUGAUGUGUCGCUGCUUUGGAAACAACGGAAGGCAGCUCGUAAACUUAGAACUCCUUCAUUGCCUUCUCUCGUCUGUACUAGCCUGCACAAAGAGGACGUGGAUUUAGUGACGGCAGUGGUGAAAUCACUGGGAGGCUUUAAUAUUGACAACAAGGUUGGGCCCUUGACAACCCAUGUUGUUUCCGGAGGUCCCCGCCGCACCUUAAACAUGCUAUUUGCAAUUGCAAGAGGCCUUUGGGUGCUUCGCCCUGACUGGGUGCUUCAUUCUCUUGAGGCUGGCUACUGGCUUGACGAGGAGAAAUUUGAGAUGACAGAUUUCUCACCUGUUGUCAUGAAAAAUCGCAUAGAGAGGCAGAGUUUUGGUCCUACAUUUCAGCAAGACUUAUUCAGCACUGUUGGUCCAAUUUUUGUUGUGAGUGACAGUUCCCCACCGAAGGAGGAUCUUGAAGAACUGGUGCAGCUUUGUGGAGGCAAGAUUGUGACUGCUGCUCGUAGUGCAGCUAUUGUUGUUGGUGGCCAAACGAGGAAUAAUAUGGCUAUUUGUGUGUCUGCAAAGUGGAUUCUUGAUUCUAUUACAUCUGGUUCCCUCCAGGCAUUUGUUGAUUAUGAUAUAAUACAAAAUCCAGCCUAAUUGUAUUUAUGUGAUCUUUAUUGCGCAUUCUUGUAUCCAUUUAUUGUGCUGGAACAUCUCAUAAGUAUUAGAUGCGGAUUGUUGAAUGAAUUGCAGCUUAUGAGAAUUUCAUGUUCCUUAGGUUGGUUAUUAUACCAGAAUGUAUGUAGGGUGAUUUCCAAUCUUUGCUGGUGCUUGCCCCAUCAUCACUCCUUUUUUAUAGUUAUUUCCUUUUGAAUAGCAGCUGCUAAAACGUGGAAAAAAUUGAACACAUGAAUUUAUUUUUCAUAGCAUGAGAAAAAAAUACAUCACACUUUUUGUGUCACAGUAAUAUAUGUAGUGGGUUGUGUGCCACUCUAAACACCAUUUGCCGCAUAGCAUUUUAGUAUAUAUAAUGCAGCUUCCACAUUGUGCUGUCAAGAGUCCAUUUUGAAUUUUUUCUUUUUGUUAGUAGAAUGAAGAAACUACUGAUAUCAGUUGUGGCCAUUUGUUGUAAUUUCGUUUAGUAUGUUGUUAUGCUGUUUUGCAUAGGUCUUUUAAGAUUAUUUAAAUCAUUGUAAUAUUGAUUAAAGAAAGCAAUGUAAUUGUUAACUGCAUGGUAUCAGUUUUGUCUAUCAGGAAAUGCUUAUUCUGAUCUAGUUUUUGUUUUCACAUUUUUGUUAUGACAAUUAUUUAUGUGUAAAUUUUAUAUUGGAGCAAUUAGACUUUGUGAUUUAAGUACAAUUCAUUGUGUUAUCCUACAAUGUUGCCCAUUAACUCCAAAGAAUGGACUUGUAGUUCAUUAUUUAAUAAAGCUAUUGUUGUCGUAAUGUAAAAAAGAAAGAACUGUGUUUUCUUUUGCAUGACGGUAUGGUUGUGGAAGAUAAGAACACCUCAAGAGGAGUGAAGACAAACAUGAAUAACAUAUAAAAUAAUUGUUUAUUGCUCUGAAGAGAGUGCAGUUAUUAUAUCAAUAUAUCGCUAAUAUACAAAGUUCUAAAAUACAUUUGUACUAGUUUCAAGCUGCAGAAGAUUAAUGUUGUAAUAAGUGAUAUGUUCUUGGAAGUUGCUUCUGUGGCUGAUAACAGUUGUGCUAUUGUGAAUGAAACCUUCUGAAAAGAAACAAAAUUGCACUCUUCAAGUUCUGGGGCAGUCAAAGAGAACACUUUGGAAGAAGGCAGUUGAAAAUAUGGUUAACAACUGCAGAUGUAAGAGACCACUUAUGAACAGAGGGGUUACAAAUUGCAAACACCUACAUUAGCACAUGUCUAUGGGCCCCCUUACACACACACACACACACACACACACACACACGCACGCACGCACGCACGCACGCACGCACGCACGCACAGAGAGAGAGAGAGAGAGAGAGAGAGAGAGAGAAUUUGUUGUAAUCAGAAACAAUUAAACAAUGAAAUAACUGUAGUGAACCAACAAUAUCCAGUCUUCCAAUAUCUAAAAUUGAAGCAAUAUUAAUGCUUGAUCACAGUCAAUACUUCAUUAAUUUCCUUUGUUCAUAAUUUCCAGUUCUGAAGUUAUUUUAAAUAAUCUGUGAUAACAGAUUGUAUGACAUUGUGGUAUCUCUCUCUAAUGCAUAAGUGCGAUGAGAUGGACUCUGUAAAAAUGUAUGUUUUUACACAUUUUUGUAUAUAUAUAUAUAUAUAUUUGAAUAUGCUUUGUAUCAAAUUAAUAACUCUAUUUCCAUUCACAGUGUAAAAAUUUGAUUGA